AUGGACUUAGCUACAGUUCAAGACGUCAAAGGCGUUCUUCGGCCGGACUUUUUCCAUGGCUUUGCGACCGCUGCUGCGCAGAUAGAAGGAGCUUGGAAUCAAGAUGGCAAGGGUGUUUCAAUCUGGGAUACUUUCGGACAUACACCUGGCAAAGUCGCGGAUGGAAGUAACGCCGACGAUGCGGUACGAGCAUACGAUUUCUAUCGCGAAGAUGUGGCACUACUGAAAUCCUGUGGUGUCAACGCUUACCGAUUCUCACUUGCCUGGUCGCGCAUUAUCCCGCUCGGAGGACGUGAUAACCCUGUCAACGAGGCUGGUAUUCAAUUCUACUCGAAUCUGAUCGAUGAGCUUCUUCGCAAUGGCAUCACACCAUUCGUUACUUUGUUCCACUGGGAUAUCCCACAAGCUUUGGAAGAUAGAUACGGCGGGAUGUUGAAUAAGGAGGCCUACACACCAGACUUUGUCAAUUAUGCGCGAGUUUGUUUUGAGAGAUUCGGGGAUCGUGUCAAGCACUGGAUCACAUACAAUGAGCCAGGUGUGUAUACGCUUGCUGGAUAUGCGGCGGGUGUACAUGCACCAGCAAGGUCCUCAUUCCGGGAUCGCAAUGAGGAAGGAGAUUCAUCCACUGAACCCUUUAUCGUGGCUCAUACGGAGCUUGUGUCUCAUGGAUAUGUUUCCAAGAUGUACCGCGAAGAGUUUCAACCUGAGCAGCAAGGAACCAUCGGAAUCACCUUACAUGGGAAUUGGUCUGAGGCUUGGGAUGAAGAAGAUCCGCGCGACCAGGAGGCAGCGGAACGGGCUCGCGAGUUUGAAAUUUCCUGGUUUGCCGAUCCUGUGUACAAGACUGGUGAUUAUCCUGCAUCUAUGCGCGCACAGCUAGGCGAUCGACUUCCGCGAUUUACACCUGAGGAGUCCGAGCUUGUUUUGGGAAGUUCCGAGUUCUAUGGAAUGAACAGUUACACCACAUUCUUCAUGAAGCACAAGGAUACGCCCCCGGAUAUCAAUGAUCAUAAAGGCAAUGUGGAGAUUCUUGAUGAAAAUAAGAAUGGCGUGCCUCGUGGUGAAGAGAGCGAUACUGAAUGGCUGCGGGCCGCGCCGUGGGGAUUCCGAAAGUUGUUGAACUGGAUUUAUGCGCGGUAUCAGACGCCUAUAUACAUCACUGAGAAUGGGACCACCGCGAAGGGAGAAUUUGAGCCAUCGCCAGAGGUUCUGAAUGACACGUUCCGUAUCAAGUUCUUUGAAGGGUAUGUGGGCAACGCGGUUGCUCGAGCUGUGAAAGAGGAUGGAGUGGAUAUUCGGUCUUAUUUUGCGUGGACGUUCCAUGAUAACUGGGAAUGGGCUGCUGGGUACGCGGAUCGAUUUGGGAGCAUCUGGAUUGACUACGAGUCCAAUGAAAAGACUAGGUACCCCAAGCAGUCUGCUUAUUAUUUGGAUAAACUGUUCAAGCAUUUGAUUCAAGAUAGCUAG